AUGGAGGAGAACGCAGGCAAGUCGCAGCUUUCGUCUCGUAAACCCGAAAUUCUCAUUAUCUCUGUGAAGGUUGUACUCGUCAUACUGUUUUGGCUGUGGAGAUUACUCAAAGGAGAUAAGAACGGCUUAAGAUUUUGGUACAUAAAAUCAAUAAAUAGACGCUUAAAACGAUUCACACCUUAUCAACUGAUCGUCGCAACACUCACAUCACUUUACGCAAUCAGGCACUUUGAUGCUUUAUUAGGCUUACAGGCCCCUGAACCACUCGCACACCUCUAUUCAAGAUCAUAUUACAGAGCAACUUGGAUAUCAAAUGCUCUGGACGCUGGUUUCGCAACAGCCAUGUCUAUCCAUAAGCCUAAGUGGCUCAAGGACUUGGCAGGUCCCGUGUUUGGAUUAUAUUACCUUAUAUGGACAGAACAGGCUGAGGAAAAGCUGCUCAAAUUCAGAGCUACUUGCACAGUAGAGUUUCUUAGAAGCACAGGAGAGAAACUAUCAAAUCCAUAUAUACGCGCUGCAACGAUUCUUGCAAGACCAAGAUGCAACUUGGUUCGCGAAAUAUUGUUGCCAAGACCAAAAUCAUCCAAGUAUACCAAACCAAUUUCCUGCUUGAUGUUGUUCAACGGCACAAAAGAAGAAUUGUCAUGCUGUACAGAGCUCGUCAUUGAUUUCCCAGGUGGCGCGUUUGUUUUUAUGACCCCACGCGAUCAUGAAGAAAGAUUAAGGUGGUGGGCAAAAGAAGGCAAGAAGAAGGUCGUCUUGAGCGUCAAUUACAUUAAAAGUCCUGAAUAUCCUUUCCCAUGGGCUAUCGAUGAAGCUUUUGAUUUAUACAAGAUCAUACUAGAGACGAACGGUCGCUUACUUGAUAUGAAAAGUGAGACGCUUAACAUUCUCUUGGCUGGGGACUCCGCUGGUGGAAAUAUCGUCACUGCUGUUAUGUUUAAGAUAUUAGAAUCUGAAGUACAGCUCAAGCAUCCAGUUGGAAUAGUGCUGACAUAUCCAGCAUUAGACUUCAACUUCACCAGUUGGAUGAGUGAUGAAAAUCUUGAAGUACUUAGAACCGAGCAAUCCUCUGCAAGUUUAGCUUCCUUAUUCGAGUCCAAGGACCACCUAGCCCAUAAAUCACCCUUAUCAAUAACGUGUGACAUUCCUAGCAAUAAAAAUAUUAAACGGCAAAAGAGCUGGUCUGAUCAUUUAUCUCACUGGGCAUCUUCCACCUCCUUAUCAAAGCUAGGUGCUCCUUCACCAAAGAUACCUUACAGUGCAGGUGCGCAAAUAGCAUCAGCAGCAGCAAUGCAAACCUCUUCCAAGUCAACAACAUCUCUCAAAGAUACGACCACCUCACCUCGCAGGAGAAGAGUGUUGUCGUUCGCUGACAGUCCACCCAAGCUCAAUUUUGAGGUUGAUGAGCAGGAAGUGUUGGGUAUAGCUGUAAAUGAUGAUGUAUCAGAGGAAAGGGACAGGGACUGCAGGGUUGAAUCUGAGAAACCACUGUACGAGAGAGUGAUCGCCGAGCCUGACGAACAUGUAAGAAAGGAGCUGCAGAAGGAGCUUGAAAGGGAGCAUAUGGAAGCCAACAAACGCAUCAACAACAAGAAGAAAGCUCCUAUAGGUACACGCCUAACAAUGACUAGCAGAACUGGCUUCUUUAAUGACAGAAUUAUUCCACCCUCAGUUAUGAGAGCGUGUGCUUUGCUUUACAUUGGACCAAAGAACAGGCCAGACUUUAAGAAAGAUUACUAUCUCUCCCCCAUUUUAGCACCGUCGUAUCUCCUUGAACAAUUUCCAACCACUUUGAUUGUUUGCGGUGAACGCGAUCCUUUCGUCGAUGACUCACUAAUUUUCGCUGGACGGCUUCGCAAGGCUAAGCUGGCACGUCAGUCGGCAGCUUUACAAGAGCAGGCCAACUACGAAAAUUCCACUGAAGUUAGAACCCCUACUGGUGGAUUAGGUUUAGGAAUCGCAGACAUUAAAGACAACUACGUCGAGGAUCCCAUCGUUCACGAAGAUGAGGAUGACUGGGUGCACUUAAGAAUUAUUGAGGGCAUGAGCCACGGGUUCCUUCAAAUGACUGGAGUUGUCAGCGAGUCUCUGUUGAUUAUCAAAAAGUUAAACCAAUGGAUCGAAGAAUCAUUCCUCAACGCAAUUGAGAAGGUGAACGCUAGUAGAGAGAGGGACGAAGAGCUCGAAAAGCAAGCAAAGGAAGAACAAUCAGGAAAACCUGUACAAAGCAACCACAAGCAUUCAGAAAGUGAAUACGAGUUAAGUGAGCCGCUAGUAUUUUCCACUAAGAAAUCAGCGACGCCUUCCAUGUUGUCAGAACCAGCUACGCAAAUACACACACCGAUGGGCGAGACCUUCUCCCAUGAUCAACCACCACCACAGGCUAAACCCAAACAAAUCCGCACCCAAUCCACUCCGCCUGCACAGCUCCCCCUCAAGUCAAACAACCUGGACCAUCGCGGAAAGAGCUUUGAGAAGGAUAAAAAGAAUAAGGAAGACAUGAAUAGCAUUCUGUUGAGUGAGGCUGAGGUUAUGAGGAGAAGACGUAUCGAGGCUGUAAUGGGGAUGGGUGAGACUGGGUCAGCUAAUAUAUCAAGUGAUGAAGACGAAACGAGUAAUGGGUAA